AUGGACUUGUCUCACUCUCAAUGGAUCCAACCCUUGGUUACUGUCUCUGUUGGUUCCUUCAUCGCAUUCAGAGCUCACAAAAAAUUCCCUCAGCACUUCUGGUGCUUUCGCCGGUUUCUUUGUUUUGUCGCUUCACAUUUUUAUAGGAUUCAGAAGGGACAAGAUAAGAAACAGUUAAUUGAUCCUGAAUUCAAAAUAGGUGGACAAAGAAACUGGAUACAAGUUCUGUCCAAUAGUGGUAUUGCCUCUGUUCUGGUUGUAGCUUUAUGGGUUUUAACGGAAGGGAAGGAUUAUUUCUUGAAUUCUAAAGACUCGCCUCUGAUUACUGCUAUUAUUGGUGGUGUUAUUGGCCAUUACUGCUGCUACAAUGGAGACACCUGGUCUUUAGAGAUUGGAGUUCUCAGUGAUGACCGUCCUCGUCUUAUCACAACCUUUAAGCAUGUUAGGAAGGGUACAAAUGGUGGUGUGACAAAAACAGGACUUCUAGCAGCUGCAGGUGGUGGAAGUGUUAUUGGACUAUCAUAUUUCCUUUUAGAACUUUUGACAAUCGGGUGUGGGUUUUAUAGAGUUCUCAAUUUAGUGGAUUCUGCUCAAUUCGCCAGAAGGUUGUUGGCAAGCCAGGACCAACUGUUGAAAAGAUUCCAGGUCUGCACCGAAUUUGAACCCAAAUACGACAGCCCUGCUAUGUUCAUAAACAUAGUUCAAUAG